UGCUGCAGCAGAUCAUAUCAAGAAGAUCCUUGAACAGAAGCCAAAUUUGAAUACACAUUUUUUAAACAACUGUGGUUGAAUAGGCCAAUCGCUUGAGGGACAAGGCAUGGGUAAUACAAGAAGAGGACAUUAAAAAAAAUAAAAACAACAAAAACAUGCCAUUUGAAAACACAGAAUUGGUCUGGCAUCUACAUAAAUUAUUAUUUUCCUGUAUUGACUUUUGUGAAGGCUUUAGUUAUCAAUAGUAUUGCUGAGCAUUUCGGGUGAGUACUAUCCUGCCAAUCUUGUAGCUUAAGGCCCUUCAAAAUAUUCAGUUGAUCAUAUAUGCUGUUUGGUACGGUGGAAAAUAUGCAAUGUAACAGCUCUGCAUGAAAGGCGUUGAAAUGAUACUCACAAGCCCCUCUUUUCUACUGGGCAAGCAAAACAAUCUUUUCCUGCAGGGAAUAUGACCUGAUUGACAUGUUGAAGAAAUUGCAAUAUACGACACUCAUAUUUGUUGGAGAGAGCUAUCCUUUUCAUACAGAAACUGUGUAUGAAUGCAAAAAUGGACGAAAGAUACAAUCCUUUGGUUGAGGAAACUAGCUUCAGCUUGGAAGCAUCAGAGAGGAAAGAAAGUAUAUUACUAAUUGUCUUGAAACAAAAUUACAAAGAUAAUCAUUUGUGCAGGAUUUAAUGAGUACAUUUACAAGAAAACUAUAUUUCCAGUCACAGCUUAUAGCCAACAUACGAACCUGUCUCAUCUUUGUGUGCUGGUAGACACGUAUGCAAAUGUGGAAGCAUAGAAAAAACAUGCGAACUGUUUGACAAAAUCUCUCGAAGAAAUGUAGUCUCAUGUAAUACCAUGACUGCAGGAAGUGAAGAAAAUGGAUUUGGGAUGUUUUUUCUCAAGACAUGAAGCCAUGUUAAGCUUUACUCAAAUUCAUUCAUCCUAAAGAAAGGAAAGAGAAAACGAGAAUUAGAUCAACAUGAUGAAUUGUGAAAUACCGUGUAGACAGAGAGUAUGUGUGACAGCAGCUGGAGGAUUCAUAACCUCCUGCCUUAUCAAAAAUCUGCUUGAGAGAGGAUACAUAGUCAAUGCUACCUGUAGAGAACCUGAUAACCUAAGGAAAACUAGCCAUCUUCUAAGCCUUCCUGGGGCGAAAGAGAGGCUCUACAUCUUCAAGGCUGACUUGUUCGAGCAAGGCAGCUUUGAUUCAGCUAUUGAAGGCUGUGACUUAGUCAUUAACAUGGCCACAUCCCUGGAUUAUACCAGAGAUCCUGAGAACGGUUUCAUCCAACCCACCAUUGAUGGAACUCUGGAUAUUCUAAGAGCUUGCAAGUCAGCAAAAACAGUGAGGCGUGUGAUCCACACUUCAUCUAUCACAGCAGCUACCCCAGUGGAUGAGAACGGUAAAUUGAAAGACUGCCUUGAUGAAUCCUGCUGGACUCCCAUUAACUACAUGAGAAGGGAAAAGCCCCAAAACUGGAUGUAUUACGUGGCAAAGACAUUAGCUGAGCAGGCAGCUCUUCAGUACGGCGAAGAUAACGAGAUUGAAGUGAUAACAGUGUUGGCAGCUCUUGUGGGUGGCCCUUCCAUCGCUCCAACUUUGUCUAGCGCUCUCAUAACAUUAACGCCAAUCACAGGCAACCAAGAAUGUUGUGAGAUUUUGACAUCAUAUCAAUCUUUGAUGGGCUCCGUCCCACUAGUCCACGUGGAGGAUGUAUGCAAUGCUCACAUGAUGUUGAUGGAGCACCCAUCUGCACGGGGUCGCUAUUUGUGCUGUUCAGACGCUCCACUCAUUCCUGACAUGGCAGAUUUCUUUCGUAAACUCUAUCCGGAGAUUCCCAUAAUUUGGGAAUUUGAAGAGACAGAUGUGGAUCAAGAAGUGCAGUUGCAGAAAAGGCCUGUUCGAAUUGCUUCGAGUAGAUUGAGUGAAGUGGGUUUCGCUUACAAGUAUGGGAUGGAGGAAAUCAUUAGUCACACUGUUGAAUGGGCCAAGAAAAUGCAAGUGUUGUGAGCCUUUGUGAAAGACAAUUUGAAAGUAAAGCCAAACUACCUGUGACAAGGUGGAAACUAACCGGGGUCGCACCCGCUAGAGCUUUUGCCCUAGUAUAUUUAUAAAUUAAGCAUAUAAAAUAUGAUAUAUAAUUUAUAUUAAAGUUA